CGCCGCGCUGACACGCUCCCGGGGGGCACUCGCGAUUCAAAGACAGCAACGCACUCCCUGGCUCCCCUCCCCCGAGCACGCCCCCUCCUCUCCCCCUCCCCAAUUCCUCACCGCACCCCCUCCCCCCGCGCUCCACCUUUCCCCUGGCUCCUCCCUCGGCGCCUGUGAGCACCCUCCCUCGCAGCCCGCUUGCCCUUCCUCCCUGCCUCCUCUCCCUCCUCCACCCCCUCCCCCCACACUCCUCCCUUCCCUUCCCCCUCUUCCCUCCCCCCCCCCUUCCUAGGCUUCCACUUUCCAUCACCUCCUCGGGGCCGUCGUCCUUCCGCACCGUCACCUGCCCGCCUAACCCGGCUGUGCGCCCUCCCGCGACCCCACUCCAGCACACCCCGGCCCCUACCUCCCCCACGGGGCGCCCCGCAGCUCCCCUCCCGCUUCCGCGCUCCCCUCCCCCCUGCCGGGCGCCGCUUCCCCGCUCCCGCUCCCUCCGCGUCUUUUCCUCUCCCCUCCCCGCGAAGUUUCAGGGCUGUCAGUCUGUCAGUCUUUCGGGCGGUCGGCACCCGAGCUACAGGCAGCGGGCGCCAUUGCGAGCAGAGCCGGCUGGGGCAGGAGGCCGGGGCGCCUGGGUCCCGCCAGCAGCGGGGACACCCGACCAGCCAGCCCGCCAGGUACGGGCCGUGGAGGCGCCCAGCGGCAGACGGCUCCGCCUGCUUCCCCUUCUACACCGACACUCAGUCACUGCCCGCUCCGCGCAGGGUCCGUGGCCUGCUCCCCCAGGAGGAGCUACCCUGGGUUGCCAUGAGAGAGACCUUUGAGGCCCUCAGCUCCCUGGGGUUCUCUGUGGGACAGCCUGAGAUGGCCCCCCAAAGUGAGCCUGGGGAAGGGUCCCAUAAUACCCAGGAGCAGAUGUCCCCUCCCAGGGAAGACAGCGUGCUGGGCACAUGCUCAGGGCACGAGGCCCCCAGACCAGAGGAAGGUGCCCAAACUGAAGAAGCUGAAGCUCCCUGCAGAGGAGGCCAGGCAUGUGCACCACAGAAGGCUGAGCCCCCGAGCUCCUGCCCAGGGGACGAGUGGAUGAUUCGCAAGGUGAAGGUGGAGGAGGAGGAUCAGGAGGCAGAAGAGGAGGUCGAAUGGCCCCAACACCUCUCAUUACUCCCUGGCCCUUUCCCCGCGCCGGACUUGGGGCCUCUGGCCGCCGCUUACAAGCUGGAGCCGGGGGCCCCGGGGACACUGGGUGGACUGGCGCUGGUCGGGUGGGCCCCGACCUCGGAGAAGCCCUACGGCUGCGGGGAGUGCGAGCGGCGGUUCCGGGACCAGCUGACCCUGCGGCUGCAUCAGAGGCUGCACCGCGGCGAGGGCCCCUGCGCCUGCCCGGACUGCGGCCGCAGCUUCACGCAGCGCGCGCACAUGCUGCUGCACCAGCGCAGCCACCGCGGCGAGCGGCCUUUCCCCUGCUCCGAGUGCGACAAGCGCUUCAGCAAGAAGGCCCACCUGACCCGCCACCUGCGCACGCACACCGGCGAGCGGCCCUACCCGUGCGCCGAGUGCGGCAAGCGCUUCAGCCAGAAGAUACACCUGGGCUCGCACCAGAAGACGCACACGGGCGAGCGGCCCUACCCCUGCACCGAGUGCGAGAAGCGCUUCCGCAAAAAGACGCACCUGAUCCGCCAUCAGCGCAUCCACACCGGCGAGAGGCCCUACCAGUGCGCGCAGUGCUCGCGCAGCUUCACGCACAAGCAGCACUUGGUGCGGCAUCAGAGGGUGCACGAGGCGGCCGGCCGCGCCCCGCCCUCGCCCGACGCGCCCGCCUCGCCGGGUUCCUCCGCCCCGUCCCCCACCCCGUCCCCUCCCGGACCCAAGCCUUUCUCCUGCUCCGACUGCGGCCUGAGCUUCGGCUGGAAGAAGAACCUCGCCACGCACCAGCGUCUGCACCGCAGCGAGGGGCGCCCCUUUGGCUGCGACGAGUGCGCCCUGGGUACGACCGUGGACCCCGCCGCCGCCGAGCCCUCGGCCUGCGCGCCCGGAGGCACACCGGCGACCCAGGGCGCCCCCGCGGGCGAGCGGUCCUUCUUCUGCCAGGACUGCGGGCGCGGCUUCGCCCACGGGCAGCACCUGACGCGGCACCAGCGGGUGCACACGGGCGAGCGGCCCUUCGCCUGCCCGCAGUGCGGCCGCCGCUUCGGCUCGAGGCCCAAUAUGGUCGCCCACUCCCGCGCCCACAGCGGCGCCAGGCCUUUCGCCUGCGCGCAGUGCGGCCGCCGCUUCAGCCGCAAGUCGCACCUGGGCCGCCACCAGGCGGUGCACACGGGCAGCCGGCCCCACGCCUGCGCCGUCUGCGCCCGCAGCUUCAGCUCCAAGACCAACCUGGUGCGCCACCAGGCCAUCCACACGGGCUCCCGCCCCUUCUCCUGCCCGCAGUGCGGCAAGAGCUUCAGCCGCAAGACCCACCUGGUGCGGCACCAGCGCAUCCACGGCGAAGCCGCCCACCCGGCCUCCGACGCCGACCUCUCGGCCCCAGCCUGGCCCACUCCCACAGAGGUGGCAGCGCCCCCGCUCUUCUUCUGAGCCUGGUUCUCGUCGGGACCCUUCCUUGGCUCGCUGG